GCCGGAAUAUUUUAUAGACAGCGGUUUUAAAAUUGUUUGUUUUGCCAUUUUACUGAAUGACAGCGGUUUUAAAAUGUUUACGCACUACCUGGCACGCAAAAAAUUAUCGCUACUACGCUAAGCAGCCAAUAGAAAUGAAAUUUCUGAACGUAGCCGAGAAGAACGAUGCGGCCAAGACGAUUGCCGGCCUGCUCUCAAAUGGGACCGCGCGUCGCCGCGAUGGUUACUCCGUGUAUAACAAGAUCUACGAAUUUGAAGCACCAGUGCGCGGGCAGAAUGCUAAAAUGGUGAUGACUUCGGUGUCCGGCCACCUGAUGCAACUGGAGUUUCAGGUUUCCUACCGAAACUGGCGCGUCGUGGAUCCCGGCUCCCUGUUUGAUGCGCCCGUGCGGAAGUCCGUGGGCGAGAACUAUCUGCCCAUCAAGAAGACCCUGGAGCGCGAGGUUCGUGGCUGUCAGGGGCUUAUUAUUUGGACGGAUUGCGAUCGCGAGGGCGAGAACAUUGGUUUUGAGAUAAUCAAUGUGUGUCGCGCCAUAAAGCCUAAUCUAACUAUUUAUAGAGCCAGCUUUUCGGAGAUUACCACCAUUGCAGUGCGGCGAGCCUUGCAGCAACUGGGCCAGCCGGACCAGCGGCAGAGCGAUGCCGUGGAUGUGCGCACGGAGCUGGAUCUGCGCACUGGAGCGGCCAUAACCCGCUUCCAGACCAUGCGUCUGCAACGGCUUUUCCCCGAGAAGAUAGCGGACAAGCUGAUUUCGUACGGAAGCUGUCAGAUUCCCACGCUGGGGUUCGUCGCAGAGCGGUACAAGGAAAUAGAGGCCUUUGUCUCCGAGCCCUUUUGGAAGAUAAGAGUUCUCCACACCAUCGAAGACUUGACCGUCGAGUUUAACUGGGCGCGGAAUCGUCUGUUCGACAAGGAGGCCUGCGAGAACUAUCUCCUGCUCUGCCUGGCGGAGCCAGAGCCCCGAGCUACCGUCGAGAGUGUCACAAUUAAGCCGAAGCACAAGUGGCGGCCCACGCCCCUGGACACUGUCGAAAUGGAGAAGCUCGGCUCGAGGAAGCUCAAGCUGUCGGCCAAGGAGACCAUGACCAUUGCCGAGAAGCUGUACAGCAAGGGCUUCAUCAGCUACCCGCGCACGGAGACCAACCAGUUCUCCAAGGAGUUCGAGCUGGCCCCGCUCGUGCAGCUGCAGACGGGCCACAGGGACUGGGGAGCCUUUGCCCAGCGCGUACUGGACUGGGGCCCGAAUCCUCGCAACGGCACCAAAUCGGAUCAGGCACAUCCUCCCAUCCACCCCACCAAGGGCGCGGACAAUCUGCAGGGAAACGAGGCACGCGUCUACGAACUGGUUGUGCGGCACUUCCUCGCCUGCGUCAGCAAGGACGCCGUUGGGUCCGAGACGCUCGUGAAUAUAGACAUCGCGGGGGAGAAGUUCACAGCCAACGGACUGGUCAUCCACGAGCGGAACUACCUGGACGUGUACGUGUACGAAAAUUGGAACGCCAAGAAGAUCCACCACUACGAGCAGGAGCAGCGCUUCGAGCCCACGGAGGUUACGUUGCACGAGGGGGCCACCACUGCCCCGCCCCUGCUGACCGAGGCGGAUCUCAUUGCGCUGAUGGAGAAGCACGGCAUUGGGACGGACGCCACGCACGCCGAGCACAUCAACACCAUCAAGGAGCGCGGAUACAUUGGGGUCCUGGACAAGGGCGCUCUGGUGCCGGGUGUCAUUGGCAUGGGUCUGUACGAGGGCUACGAUGCCAUGGAGCUGGCUCUGGCCAAGCCCCAGCUGCGCGCCGAGUUUGAGGCCGAUCUGAAGCUCAUCUGUGUGGGCCAGAAAGACCCGCAGCUCGUGCUCACCGAACAGAUAGCCAAGUACAAGCUCUCCUACCAGCAGAUCACCGACAAGAUCACGGCCAUGGACGAAAAGAUAUCGGCACGCAUCAACGAGUCGCCAGCGGCAGGCCAGACAGCAGGCGGCCACAAUCAGCCCACAAUGCAGACGCUCUUCCAGUGCCCCAAAUGCGACGAGGCUCCGCUGGCCCUCAAGCCCAAGAAGAACCAGCAGGGCUGGUACAUCGGCUGCAACAACUUUCCCGACUGCAAGAACGUCGUCUGGCUGCCGGCGGAGUGCAAGGAGGUCUCCGUGCUGGACGAAUGCUGCCCCACCUGUGGCGCUGGCCACCGCCUGCUCAAGUUCCGCCUGAGCACACCCUACUACCGGGGAGUCUUCAACACGCCCAAUGGUUGGUACAAGACCUGCUUGCCCUGCGAUAGCCUCUUCCGGACCACGUUCAACAUUAACUUGGAUUCUGUGAAACGUGUUGGAGGUAUUGUGGGAUCGGGAGGAGGUGGUGGUGGUCCCGGAGGAGGUGGUGGCCCCGGUGGUGGCGGAGGACCUGGCAGACGAGGUCCUGGAGGUGGUGGAGGACCGGGUGGAAGAGGUCCUGGAUGUGGAGGUAGUAAUCCCUCAAAUGCUGGCGUCUGGAGUGGGAACAGCUAUAGAGAUGGAGCAGCCGCAUCAGGAUCUUCUACCACAAAAGCACCAGCCAAAAGCAAGAAGCCAUCCACUGCACCCAAGUCGAAAAAAACCACAAAAACCACGGGAAGCAUUCGCAACUAUUUCAGCAGUGCCAGCAAUCCAGAGAGUGCAGGAAUGGAUGGAUUCUUCGACAGCAACGAUGGCUUCGAGGAGGCCAUGCUGGCGGCCGCGGUAUCCGUUGAGUCGGGCAAUGCUCCGGAGAAUGGGCCAUCCACGGGGACUGCAGUGAUUGAUUUUGAUGAUGAUAUAGCCGCCGCUUUUGCUGCCGACGAUGACGCGGAAUUUGAGGCAUUGAUUAGCUCGGGCACGGGAACAAGAAACUCUCGUGGGAAUAACAACGUGGCCGAUGAGCUGGACACGAGUCUGUCCUCCUGGAUUAGCAAGCAGUAUGCAGCGGACGAGAAGCCCAUGCCGUGGGGCACUCGAGAACGCGCGGCUGCCGCUCCCACGCCUCCUCCGAAACCGGCAGCCAAACGGGCGAAAAGGAACAGCGCGGAAUGGGAUGCUCCGGCUGCUGCUCCCACAACCUCCCACGCAGUGCUCUGCAGCGGAUGCCAUCAGCCAGCUCGGCAGCACACCGUGCGUCGCGAUGGACCCAACCAGGGACGACAGUUCUACAAGUGUCCCAAGCCCAAUGAGUGCCAGUUCUUCCAGUGGGCGGACGAGCAGCCAACAACGUCCGCAGGAAGCUCCUCCUUCGGCAGCAGCGCCAAGAGCAGUGGAUCGACGUGGAACAUGAAUCGGGUGGCCACCCUGCCCAACAAUCAACAGAACGCCCAUCGAGGCGGCACACAGAUGCGCUCCAACUCCAGCAGCACUGUCACCAUAACCCAGACAGCGCCCGGCGGGGAGGAGCUGAAGUGCAACUGCGGCCAGCUGGCCAGCAGCCUCACUGUGCGCAGGGACGGACCCAAUCAGGGCAGACCGUUCUAUGCCUGUCCCACGCGGGAGAAGUCCUGCGGCUUCUUCAAGUGGGGAGAUGAGGAUGAGAACCCAGGAUCCGGCAGUACAUAUUCUUGGGGCACGGGCAAUCGUAAACCCCAAGCCAAGCCACCCGCACCUGAUGGCAAUAAAUCGCGACGCUGCGGUCUGUGCCGCCAGGAGGGGCACACCCGAAACAAGUGCCCCCGCAAGAAUGAUUUCGAUAUGUGAUUGAUCGAGCGGAUUGGAUUGGAUUAGUGUUUUUAAACAUUUAUUGGAUCGAGCUUAAAAUAUUGCAAAGAUGUGGGGGAUCAAGUGGAUGUGGAUCCUCCACAAUUGGUUACAAGCUUGUCACAAGUUGUCUAUACAUUCAGAUAUAUUAUAACACACGAUAUAGAGAUGCGGAUACGGGUACGAAUAUGUAAAAUACACACACACAGAGAGAUUUGUAUUUAUGUACAUUGUAUAUAUGUAGGUAGGUAUAAGUAUCGUAGUUUAAGCAACAGGAAACUGAGUGAAAAUAGUUUGGAAUUUCGAAUGGAAUGUCAUCAAUGUUACAUAUCCAUAUAUAUCAAUCGUAUAUAUCGUAUUACAUGCCUAGGUAUACUUAAGGGAGAUCUCUCUGUUGACAGAUGUCGUAGACAUUGGGAAGAUAGUUCUUUGAAUGGUAAAACAGUUAAAAUUCGUAAGGCCACACCACAUACGGGUACAUAUGUACGUGGAUGUUUGUUGUUUUCGGAAAAAGUCCCUUCUUGUUUUUUGAGUACAUAUAUAAAUAAACGUCAAGUUAAUAAAUAGUUAAGCUA